AAAAAAGAAGAAGAAUGAAUCCAGCUGAUUUUUCCCUUCUUCAAUCUAUACAACAUCAUCUUCUUAAUGAUUCUGAUAUUCCAGAAAUAUUUUCAGCUCUAGAUUCAAAUAGCCCCAGUUCAUCAAGUUUAAGCAAUUCCCCUUCUACAGAAAAUAACUUUUACUAUGGGGAAUUAACACCAUUAAUAAACCCUAGUACUACUACUUUAGAAGCCACUGAAAAACCCGAGUUUGAAGAGACUAAUAAGGAGACCGUGGCGGCGAGUGUGACACACGCGCCACAAGAUUGGAAGCGGUACCGAGGAGUAAGGCGGCGUCCAUGGGGGAAAUUUGCGGCGGAGAUAAGGGAUCCGAAUAAGAAAAAUGGGAGAUUAUGGUUAGGGACUUAUGAGACACCUGAGGAUGCAGCAUUGGCUUAUGAUCAAGCCGCUUUUAAAAUCCGUGGCUCGAAAGCUCGGCUUAAUUUUCCUCACUUAAUCGGCUCUGGUGUGCCCGAGCCGGCUAGGGUGAACCCUAGACGUCGGUCGCACUCGCCAGAGUUAUCAUCUGAAAAUGGAACACCAAGAAAACUAUUUGAGUGAUAUAUAUAGGUUUUGUUGCUUGUAUACUUUGAUUAAGAAUAAAUUUUGAUUUUGUGAUAUUGGGGAAUGAAACAAAUAAAAUAGUUAACUCGUGCUAGAUUUCGCAAGAGAUUGUAAAAUGAUCCUUUUUGUAUUGAUGACAUACUAAUUUAUCCAAUUUUAUGUGAUAAAAUUUAAUGAGUCAUCACAAAUUUUCUUU